AUGCUGUUGUCCAUUCCAUCUAUAACGCAGGACCAAAACCUGGAAACCUCUUCAUCAAAGGCCACAUCUUUUUAUGGCCGACUAGAGAGACCAAAUAUUGGUAAAGUUACUUUCGGAAAAUACGAAUUUGAACCAUGGUUUGGUAACCCCGCAUACUUUAAUCCAUACGAAGGUGUACCCGAUAUGUUGGGCUAUGAAUACUCGAACAUGACUGCUGCAGAUCCAUUGCUACGGAAACGACUAAAGUCCUAUUCAUCAAGGGAAUGCUUUAUCGACCAUCUUUUCGUCUGCGAAUACUGUUUCAAGUAUUCAAUUGAUGAAAACGAGAUGCUGCAGCAUUGGGAAGUUUGUCAAUACCAUCGUGAAAAUCCAAAUAUAGGAACAAUGGUGUACUAUGACUGCAAGAAAAAGCACAUAAUUCGAGAAGUGCGAGGGUAUGAAGCACUUUUGUUCUGUCAAAACUUAUGUCUUUUUGGGAAAUUGUUUCUUGAUGACAAGUCGGUUUAUUUCAACAUUGACCACUUUAACUUUUACGUAUUUUACGCCAAGGACGGAGAAAGAGAUUAUAUACCUAUGGGGUUUUUUUCAAAAGAAAUGAUUGCAUAUGAUCCUACAACGAAUUUAGCGUGUAUUUGCGUGUUUCCUCCUUUCCAACGAAGACACAUUGGCCACAUGUUAAUUGAGUUUCUGUAUGCCCUAGCACAAUUAACUCAGGAAAGUAGUGGGCCUGAAAUUCCCCUAUCACCAUUUGGCAAAGUGAGCUACUUGAAUUUCUGGUCAAAGCAGUUGGCAAAAGUGUUGACUCAAAGAAGAUCUAAAACGUUCACUCUAGAAGAGUUAUCAAAAGCUACAGGAUACCGAAAGGAAGACAUUUUAUACACGUUGGAACAUAUGGAGGUUUUAGUUCAAAAACUCAACGGUUAUGUAACAUUUUCCAAUGAAAAACUUCAGGAAUGGGCCACCUCGACCAACUUUGAUGCCGACAAGCAGCAACCAUUGCUCGAUACAACCUCUUUCUAUUUAUAA